GUCAGCACCAGCCACGUUUGAUUGUUACAAUUAGACUGUUUAUUAUUUACAAUAUGACAUCAACUAAACAAUAACAAAAUUUAUUUACAAAUAAGCAAAAUGCCCCGGCCCUCAUGGACUGCAAUAUUUUCCGGUGUUUUUGUUGGCUAUAUUUUUUAUUCAAUUUAUAGUUUAUCACUACUAUUUACAUCACCAUCAUGUGAACAAGGCAAGACUUGCAUUAAAUCAUAUUUAAAUUAUGAGCCAAAGUUGCAACUUUAUCUUUUUACUUCACCCUCAAGUAAACCCGUUUCCAAUGAUGCUGAACUUGUCUAUUCGAUGCUAAAUUUUAAUUACACGAUUCCCCAUACAAUGCCGUUAAGUUUAGAAAUCCCAGCGAAAACACGCAAUAACGGUACUUUAUUUUUACACGUAUUAAUAACUACGAAAUCAUCAAAUCGUGGAAAGUCAUUCAAUGACUUACUUAAGGAUCAAUACACAGUGUAUACGCGAAUUAAAAUGACUCAAUUCGCUGUACCACAAGCAGAGACUUUUAAUUUACUUGGUGAUAAAAAAACACCAGAAAUUUCAAAAAUAAAAAAUAAUAAAAUAAAGACUGUUUCACAUUUACGUACACGUAUUACAUUUACGUUAGUUACUGAUACGCCUGAAUUACCUGUUAAAAAUAUACCUGCAGAACUUGUGCCUAAUAUAAGAUUAGUAGGAAAUAAUAUGUUUCUUCCAAUAGUUAAUUAUGACUUUUUACAAACACGUUACAAAGAUCUUGAAACUAUAACUAGUGAUAGUCGUGUAAUGAAUGUGACAAUAAUGUACACUCCAAUAUCAAUGGGUAAAUUACGUUUGAUUUUACAUGUCAAAGCAGCUAUGGAGGGUUUAAAAAAUCUGGGAUUCUCAGACAAAGAUGUUGAUGAAGUUAAAGGAAUUUAUGCCGACACUAAUGUCUAUUUAUUAGCUGGUACUAUUUUUAUUUCCUCAAUGCAUCUGCUGUUUGAUUUCUUGGCAUUUAAAAAUGACAUAAGUUUUUGGCGAAGCAAAGGAAGUUUUGAAGGCCUGAGUGUUUCCACGAUAGUAUGGCGAGCAUUUAGUCAAGCAAUUAUAUUUUUUUAUUUACUCGACGAGGGAUCAUCUUUAUUAGUUCUGAUACCUGCGGGUAUUGGAACAUUGAUCGAGCUUUGGAAAACAAAAAAAGUAUUAAGACUUGAAAUAGUUAGAUCCGAUGGAAUAAUUCCUAGAUUAAGACUGCAGAAAGAUGGUAAAAACCAUGAAGAUGAAUCUCGAACACGUAAAUUCGACGCUGAAAGCAUGAGAUAUUUGACUUAUUUACUUUAUCCUCUUGUUAUUUCUGGUGCGAUUUAUUCGUUAAUUUAUCAACCACAUAAAAGCUGGUAUUCAUGGAGUAUUAAUUCCCUAGUGAAUGGUGUAUACGCAUUUGGAUUUCUUUUUAUGCUUCCUCAAUUAUUUGUUAAUUACAAACUUAAAUCAGUUGCUCAUUUACCCUGGCGGGCAUUUAUGUACAAAGCAUUCAAUACAUUUAUUGAUGAUGUAUUUGCAUUUAUAAUAACGAUGCCAGUUGCCCAUAGAGUUGCUUGCUUCCGUGAUGAUAUUAUUUUCCUUAUAUAUUUAUAUCAACGAUGGUUGUACCCAGUUGAUAAAAACCGCCGUGACACUGUGACAAUAUCUGAAGACUUAAGCCCGUCAAUUGCAGAAAAUGAAUCGACAGACAAGAAAAAUGAUUAAAUAUCCAAGACAAUUUAUAAUUAAAUAUUUGUGAUAAUUAUAUUUAUAUCUUUUUUUUUUAAAUUAUUCAAUAAUUUUUAUUACAUAACAGUAGUAAU